GGCUCGCUGUGAUACGGACGAAAACUCUCUUCCGGUUAGCAAAAAUGGCUCAAGGUACAAAAAAGUUUCAAGCUCAGCGGCCAGGAGCCUCCAAGAAACACCAACAAAACAAACAGAAAGGACCGAAGAAAGGAGGGAGGAUUAUUGCACCUAAGAAAGCUCAAGUGGUCGAACAACAGAAAUUGAAGAAGGGUCUAGAAAUUGCCAUCAGGAACAAGAUUGAGCAGGAGGUGACCCAGCGGGCGAGCUCAUCCCUCCACAAGCCGCUGAGUGUGGUCAAAGGGGCUGAUGGUAAAGGCAAAGCGGGCAAAGCGGGAACAGCCAAUCCAGGAAGCAGCUCCAAAUAGGACCUGAUACACAACUGCACAGCUGCACACCUGAGUCUGAGGGUAUUGCCUCAAAAAGCUGCUGAAGCUGAAUGACUGUCCAGUGAUCACUGAGCUACAUAUAAUUUCAAAUAGAUGCCAUCUUUCCUUUUUGUUUCAGCUGCCGUCAGGCAGGUAGAACUAGUCAAAAGUUGUUCUUGUACAGAUGUAGAUUUUACAAACAAAUUCUCAAAGUAAGAGAUGAGAUCUGCAACCAUUGAAUUUACAUAAACCUCCAAUGGAGGGUACCAAGAGACCUGAAGGACUCCUGGAGUUUGUGAUUUCCUUGCUGUAUUUCUUAUUGUAAAAAUAUAUUUCAAAACAGAACAGAAAUAAUUAUUUGAUGUACAGAAAACAGUUAAUGUUUACUGUUUUUUAUUUAAUAAGUUACAGAGCCAUACAACUUCAUAUAGUGAACAUGCACCUUGUGUUGCUACAUAAAACCAAAGGAUGGUAAUCCUGAAUAAUGAAGGUGGUGUAUACUUCACUUUGUCCAGUCCAGCUGUGAGAAUCACAUCACAUCACAUCACGUGAGCAGCAUCUGUGUGAUCUUACAAAGGACAUUUGGUCAUAGCAGUGAAUAGAGGUAAGAGUUUUAGCUUUGGAUUUUGCACCUAGCAGUGUCAAUAAGCCUAAAGAAUAUGUUUGACACUUUUGUGUAAGUCUAAGUUUCAGUCAUCAUUUUUGUAAAUAAUGAAAGCUACAUAUGAUAUUGAAUCUGUCUCUUGUGACCAGAGCGGGAAAUUGACAUGGAGUAAUGGCCUGGGUGAAUGAAUCUCUUUGGUUGUGACUGGCAGCCUAAAGCUGAAAAAAAUUGAAUGGGAGGGAGAAAAAAAACCUUGAGAUCAAUAUUUUAAAAUAAAUCAGAUUUGCCUGUAUUCUGGACACUGUGCCAAAGUUUGUUUUCUGGUCCUUGAAGGGUUUUUAAAGCAAUUUUUUCUUUUUCUUUUUUAUAAUUAAAUAUAUCUGUCAAAGGGAAUUUUCUUCAGAGUCCUCUCUAUUUUCCCUCAACGUUACCUAUAGAAUAUUACAUCUUUACAAGACUUACAGUAAAUCCAGGCUAAGGGAAGCCCU